GCCGGAUCAAGCUCAGGGCAAAAAAGCAUUACCCGAAUCCUUCCACUUUUCGGACAGGUAGAGCAUUGGACAAGUCUAGAGCAAAGUCUACAGAGAGAGAAGCAACAGAAGAAAAGUCCAUGUCUAUCUUCAUCAGCCUGCUUACAAAGAAACAUAUGCCAUUUGCAAUAGGUAGAUGGCAAGCUAAGCUUCUGGCCGUCCUUAGGAUUCUCAUCCAAUCAGUUAAGAUAUGCUUGGGAAUAUUAUGCUCUCACCAUAGCGUAGUACGUCCAAAAAGGUUUGAAGAGAAGAAAUAAUUUUUGUUUACCUAAUUUUAAGUAACAAGCAAAGCUCAUUGACGAAGACUAGUUGGACAGAUGCAAACCAAAACUUGAAAUAUAGAAGAUAUGAAAUAUAAUGAUACAAAUAGAGAAAAAAAUCAACAAAAACAAACAAAAUCAGGGCCGGCAGGGAGGCGAAAACAUUUAUGUUUCAUUCAAAUGGUCGGUGUACCAUUUUAUUUUUUUCUUCAUAAAUCCAUUUAUGAUGAUUGUGUGAGCAGCGAAAAAGCUCCACAAAAGAAACUGAAAUUAAGGUUGUGGAUGUGAAAGAUGGAAGGGGUUGAGCAUAGAGUUAUUAAGGUGAAUGGCAUAAACAUGCACGUAGCAGAGAAAGGGGAAGGCCCACUCAUUCUUUUCAUCCAUGGCUUCCCCGAGCUAUGGUACUCUUGGCGUUACCAGAUUGCUGCUUUGUCUUCCAAAGGUUACCGAGCUGUGGCACCCGACCUGAGAGGCUACGGUGACACGGAUGCGCCAGAUUUGAUCACCAGUUAUACCUGCUUCCAUAUAGUGGGGGAUUUGGUUCAGCUUUUAAAUAUUAUUGCCCCUAACGAACACAAAGUGUUGGUAGUAGGGCAUGACUGGGGAGCUGCCAUAGCUUGGUAUAUGUGUUUGUUUAGGCCAGACAAAGUGAAAGCUAUGUUCAACCUCAGUGUGCCCUUUAUUCCACAUAAUCCACAAAUGAACCCUAUUGAUGGGUGGAGAGCUAUCUAUGGGAAUGAUUAUUACAUGUGUAGAUUCCAGGAACCUGGAGAAAUAGAAGCUGAGUUUGCGGAAAUGGGUACAGAGACAGUAGUGAAGGCAUUUCUGACAUACAGAGUUCCUGGUCCAAUAAUGUUACCCAAAGGGAAACCAUUUGGACAUUCAGCGGAUACCCCAGUUGCUUUGCCUUCUUGGUUAUCAGAGGAAGAGGUUCAUUACUAUGUCUCUAAAUUUGACAACAAAAGUGGCUUCACUGGUGGAAUCAACUAUUACCGAAACCUUCACAGAAAUUGGGAAUUGAUGGCACCAUGGACUGGUUGUGAUGUAAAAGUAGCGGCUAAGUUCGUAGUGGGUGAUUUGGACCUGGUAUACCAUAUGCCUGGCAUGAAAGAAUACAUUCACAAUGGUGGAUUCAAGAAAGACGUGCCAACGUUGGAGGAAGUGGUGGUAAUGGAAGGAGUUGGGCACUUCAUCCACAUGGAAAAACCCGACGAGAUUAACAACCUCAUUUAUGACUUCUUCCGUCAGUUUGAUUAACAUUUUGUUUUAAAUAGUCCUCCCCUGCUUCUGGGUAAUAAAAAUAUGGUGUUUCAACUCUGGGUGGGUUCAGCUGUAUUUCAGCCCUUCACCAUCCAUGUUGCCUUGCGUGUCUUCUGGUUUAUUAUGCUGCUCCAGCACUUUGUACUUCAGGUUCCAGUAUUAUUUGAAUAUAAACAGAAAAUUUGGAAUAAUUAAAUAAA